AUGCCUGAUCAGGACAAAAAGUUGAAGAGCACAGAAAAAGCAAUAAAAAAAAAAAAGCCUCCUGGGAUCUCUAUGAGGGAUAAUUCUCAUCUAAAAAGGCUUCAGUCUCUCUUCAUUGUUCAGUCAAGGAACCAGCAGCUUCCAGCUAUAUAUAUUGAAAGUGGUCAAACCAGUGUGACAAGAACUUGGCAAAAUGUCAAAAGCAAUGAACAGAAGUCCAAUGGUCAAUGGCAAGAAUCAACAGAAGCUGUUGAGCUUGAAAAAUUUAGUGUGACCUACAAGAAUGAGAGAAAUUUCAGCAAGCAUCCCAAGCAUCAGCUGUUUCAAGAUAUUUUUACAACUUUAGUUAAGGACAAACUUACCUGCAGGCAAUGGGUUAUUCAAGCCCCAUGCAUCCAUUUUCUUAGAUUAUUAGUCUGCCUGAGAUUAUUAAUAAAGGAUCCAUGCUACCAGGAAAUGCUCCACAGUCUGGGUGAAAUUGAAAAUCUAGCUCAGUAUAUGGAAACAGUAGCAAAUCGUUACCUUAAUUACAGAGAAGAGCAGCAUAAUGUGGACAAGUUGGUCAACAUGACAUAUAAGUGCAAUAUUUUCCAAAAGCUUGAUGCUGUUAGAAAUCAAAGAGAAUGAGUUAUAGCAAAUGGAGCACAUAAAACCUUAGUAAAUUUAUUAUUUGCCAGAGACAGUCAUGUGUUUUUUGGUGCCCUCCUUGCUCUGACUAGCUGAGUAGAAUGUCCAGAAUGUAGGGAGGAGAUAAGUGAGAUUGUUGAGAACUUGCUGGUGAUAUUACAGUUCACAGCAGAGUUGCUCUGACCCCUUUGUGCAGAGUCACGAGUCAAAGAGCAAAUGAAAAUGUAUGAAGGAGUUCCAGUCUUGCUCAGUUUGCUCCAUUCUCAUCACAUCAAACUUCUAUGGAGUAUAGUUUGGAUUCUGGUACAGGUUUGUGAAGACCCUGAGACUAGUGUGGAAAUUUGGAUCUGGGGUAGAAUCAAGCAGCUGCAUCAUAUGUUGCAGGAGGAAAGAAGUCUUGUAUCAAACUCUUCAAUUGGAAGUUUAUCUAGUGCAAAUGCAGCAGGAAAAAUCCAGUAUCUUCAUUUGUCGCAUGAGCCAAGUCCGGAUGAGAUACAAGAAAAUAUUUUCUCACUUCAAGCAACUUGUUGUGCUGCAGUUAGACUGGUGCUCAAUGAGACUAAUGCUCACCAGGUUGCACAGGCAAAUGCAAUAUAUACAAUAGCAAAGCUAAUUUUAUCAAACAAAGAAAGGAAUGCUGAAAAAGCCAGUUUAUUACAGUAUUAUGUUUUAAGAGCCCUGAGAUUUCUCUUCAGUAUGGAAAGAAAUUGACAUAUUUUUGAAAGAAUUUUCCCUACUGACUUGUUUGAAAUCCUCAUUGAUAUUGGACAUUAUGUGUAUGAUAUCAGAGCUUAUGAAGGGUUGGUAUUAAAGCUGAAUUCAUUAAAGGAGGAUAUAUUGAAGCAAAUCACUGAAAGUAUUGAGAACAUGAAUAAGGCACCCACAAAACAUGUAGGAGAUUAUGCAAUUUUAGAGCACAUUGGCAGUGGAGUUUUUGGAAGUGUAUAUAAGUGUACAAUUGAAAUGCUAAAUAGGGAGAAAGGCUAUGAUGACAGAUUGUAUAUAGUGAUAGAGCUCAUGGAGGGGGUGCCAUUGGGAGAAUACUUUCACUCUUUGAAGGAAAAGCAACAACAGUUUACAGAUGACAGAAUAUGGCAUAUCUUUGAGCUCUUUCUUUUUGUUUUUAAGCUUUGUCUAGCUCUUCGUUAUUUGCAUAAAGACAAGAGGAUUGUUCAUUGAGAUCUCACUCCACAGAAUGUCAUGUUGGGGGAUAAAUGCAAAGUUACACUUACUAGUAGAACUUUGUGUGUUGUUGCAAAUGUAAACAGACAUUUACAAUCUGAUCCUAGCCGAGCUGUAGUAGGGACUAUGUAUGAACCUGUGCCAGAAGGACUGUACUCUGAAAAAGUCUCAUUUACCAUUAAGAGAGAAAAUUGCUCUAUUAUUUUCCCAGAGACUGACGUGAAGCUAACAGGCUAUGAGCUGGAGAAGAAACUGGAUUGGGAGAGGAGAUGAAUCCAGUAGUACUUCAUGGAGGCUAACUGAAAUACAGUAACUUAUUGCCAUCAAUAUUCCAUUUUAUCACAAAAAAAUGAUAAGUUGAGUCUGCAUUUUAGCAGCAGUGGACCAGCCAGUUGCAAAAGUGAAUUUUCAGAAAAUACUGACCUUCCAGUUGACAGUUGUCAGUCUGCACAUGGAAAAGGUGAGGAAAGAACAUAUGAAACAAUCCUGGUAGAGGAUUACAGGACUAUGGAGAAAGGUGGGUUAAAAUCUUUGUUUUCCUUUGUAUAUGCAGGUAUUUCUCUGAAUGACAAUGAGGUAGACAUAGUGGACAAUUAAAGCAGCUCCAGUUUGAGUAAUUUGGAAGAGCCUGCUAUUGGUAUAAUUAAACAAAGUUUUAGUGCUUCUGAAAGACAGCCUCAGAUAAGGGAUUAUGUUGAUGGUUCUGGAUCAAGACUGUGAUCAGCGGUGGCAGGAAUUGCUGUAUCACAAAGGAAGGUGCAUGAGAUCAGUGACCCUGUUCAGCAGGUUCUUGUUCAGCUGCACAAAAUUAUCUUCAGCACUCAUCUUCCUCCACUUGCAUGCAACUUGAAAAGCAAAAUCAUUGAGAGAUUCAAGAAGUCCCUCUUCAGCCAGCAGAACAAUCCUUGUAAACUGAAAUCAGAAAUCAAAAAGGUGUGCAGACUGGCAGGUGGACAUAUAUUGCUUCCAGAUGAUAAAAAAGGCAUUCUUGGCACUUCUGGCAUGGCAGAAGGGAUGACAUAUGAGCAGUUGCAGACUCUAAUUGAAGAGGUUCUCGAGGAAAGUGGUUAUUACAGUUUCUCUUCUUACAGAACAUACCGAACUGGGCAAUAGAUGACAGUACACAGCUCCAACACUCCUGGAAUCUAAAGCAGAUCUUUG